AUGGAUUGGCAGGAGAAGGAUGUCACCGACUGGGCCAAGGAGUCUUUGCAAGACAUCCUUGCGGAUGCGCUGAAGGAUCCGGUGCGGUCAGAGGUGGUGCGAACACCGUGGGCUUUCCUCGAAGUCCACGUGCUCCGCACAGAAGUCAGCGGGGAAGCCAGCCUUUGUGGUCGCAGGUCUCAGGCAGUGCUUCAGUAUGACUUGGACCUCGGCGCACAGCUGGAGAUCUUCAAGGCCACUCGCUUCUACGGCGAAGACGGGCACUCCCCAGAGGGGCGCUCGCAGCGCUGGCCCGGCGUGCUACGAAUCCCGGGCUUCGAGCCCGGGGUGCGGCCAGAGGUGCAGGUUCAGUUUGACGACCCGCAGAGCGAGGUGGCCGGCGAGGUUACCUGGUUUUUGCAAGAAGGCCUUGGUGCAAGGCUGCUGCAGCAGGCAUUGGAGAGGUGGCAGGCUGCAGCCAGACGAAGGUUCGGUGCACAGGAUCACUCGCUUCCCGAGUCCUUGGAGAGCGUCAGGUCCUGGAUGUCUGCAGAUGCGAUGCUCAUGGCCAGCCAGAGCCGAACGCGGAAGCAGGAGAUCGCUGCGAGACCUGCGAAGAGCGCGCCCAGACGAAAGGAGGAGGGCGAGGGCGAGGGGAGAAGGAAGGAGCGAAGAUCGCAGCUUCCAGAACCUCGGGAGACGCUCCCUUCGCCCGUGCGCGCCGAGCGCCUUCACGAGGCCAUCCGGAGCCGAAACUAUGCCGAGGCUUUUGGGCUCUUGGACCCAAGCAUCCUGAGCAUGCCCACUUCGGAGGAAGGCCUCUCCCUCGUCCACUCUGCCGUGCUCAGCAAUUCGGCAGACAUGCUGACGCUCGUCCUUCAGGCCGGCGCCGAGCUGGCGCCCAGAGAUUUGCUGGGGCGGACACCCCUUCUCAUGGCCCUCAAGAAGGGAAGCUUUGAGUUGUCCAAGUGCCUCCUGGAAGCUGGCGCCCUGGAGGCUGAAGAGGCUGCGGAGGGUUCACUGGUGGACAGGCUUAGCCAGUCCCUGGACCUCCGCAGCGCCCCGGAGCUCUUUGAGCUCGUGGAUACCAAGGAGCGGCCGAGGCGGCAAGGCCAGGCCUUGCUGCGCGCCCUCAAGCAGCGCGAUGCCAGGACUGCCGAGGCUGCGCUGGAGGCCGGGGCGGACCCGUCCUUGGCCGAAGGUGGCGAGCAGCCCUUGCACCUGCUGGCCAAGACCAAGUGGCGUGAGGAAUCAUCCAUGCGACUGGAGGUCCACAGGGUGGCAAGGAAGCUGGUGCAGGCCCGAGCGGAUGUGAACGCCGGUAACACCCGCUCUGAGACGCCGCUGCUCUUUGCAGCGCACCGUGGCGACGAGCCUUUGGUGCAGUUGCUGCUGGAGCUGCGAGCCGAUCCAGCAGCGGCCAAUGAGGAAGGCAGCACGGCCCUGAUGUUUGCGGCGCAUGGCGGGCACGAAGACGUCUGCAGGAUGCUCCUGGAGGCCUAUGCACCCCCAGGCAUUCGGAACUGUCACGGGCUCACCGCGGAGGAGAUGGCCACAAAGCGAGGCUUUCGCAAGCUUGGCGCUUUCAUUGCUGCGCACGUCUUGGCACCGCCGAGCCCUGGCAAAGUGGCACCCAAGAGGUGCGCUGACGCCUUUGUGAGUGCCGAGGACGCAGCCAGGCAGGAGGAGUUCACCGAGCAGGUGCUGGCUGCUUUGAGACCUCCAGAGGCACUCCCAGCACCCUGCAAAGUUGGCCAGGUGCGGAGCUUUGACCACAGCAAGUGGGACCGCAUUGUCGAGGACUUGGAGCGCCGCGAGGAGGUGGAGGACCGUCGAGACGGCUUGGCCAAGCAGCCCGAGUACGUCUGGAAGAACGGUGUCAAGAUGCGUGUGAUGCUCUAA